AUGGAGAGAAAAGCAAGCAGGAGAGAAAACGAAUGUGAAGAAAAAAACAGCAACUCUGAAAGCUCUGAGCUAGACAAGGACUAUAAAACGUCUCUGAUUACUCUGAAUGUCGGUGGUUACCUAUAUAUCACACAAAAACAGACACUAACCAAGUAUCCAGAUUCUUUUCUGGGGGGGAUCAUAAAUGGAAGAAUAAUGUGCCCAUUUGAUGCAGACGGUCAUUACUUCAUAGACAGAGAUGGACUCCUUUUCAGACACAUCCUCAACUUCCUACGGAACGGAGAACUUCUUCUGCCAGAGGGGUUUCGAGAAAAUCAACUUUUGGCACAAGAAGCCGAAUUUUUCCAGCUUAAGGUACUCUCAGAGGCAGUGAAAUCAAGGUGGGAGAAGGAACAGCUAGCAUCUCGAGAGACUACUUUCCUGGAAAUAACUGACAGCCACGACCGUUCACAAGGACUUAGAAUCUUUUGUAAUGCUCCUGAAUUCAUUGCAAAAAUAAAAUCCAGAAUUGUACUGGUGUCCAAGAGCCGGCUGGAUGGAUUUCCAGAGGAGUUUUCAGUAUCUUCAAAUAUUAUUCAAUUCAAGUACUUCAUAAAGUCUGAAAACGGUACACGAUUAGUACUGAAGGAGGACAACACCUUUGUCUGCACCCUGGAAACUCUUAAAUUUGAGGCUAUAAUGACGGCUUUAAAAUGUGGAUUUAGACUGCUGACCAGUCUGGACUGCUCAAGAGGGUCGAUUGUUCACAGUGAUGCACUGCAUUUUAUCAAGUAA